AUGAUCGGGCCUCCGUCGACAGCUGCGGCUGCUCUGCAUGGAGGCCGCACAGCCGUGGAGCGCCAGAUAAGCAUGGCUGGGCCCACAUUACGGCGGCUGAGUGUGAGGCUGGCUCUGAACACGGCACAGGCAAUACUGUAUCUCUCACUCGUGCAGUCGCCUGAUAGGAGGGUAGAGUCUGGAUGCAUCUUGCUGCUGUCGGUGUCAGAUCAGGGGCCGGAGGCAUGCCCCAAGGCUGCCCUCGGGGGCCCCUACACUUGA